AGAACAUCCAGGGCUGUUUCUUUCACAGUAAAAGCCACAUCACCUGCUAAUAUCAAGACAUCAGGCUCCAAAAAAGGUGGUUCAAAAUCAUCGGAGACCAAACAGAAUGUCCAUAAGCCAGCACCUGUCAAAACCAAUAGUUCGUUAGGUAUGAGCAUGGUUUGAAAUUAAUGAUCUAGUGGCUAUUACAUUUUUUCUUAUUUAUCAGACACCCAUUUAAUUAAAAAUUUUAAUUUUCUCCACACCUCAGACUCAUACUGCAGUAAGUUUUAGCGGCCUUGGAUAAACUAGAUUCUUUUGGCAGGAGUUUAAGCAUAGUAUGAACUAUGAAGGGUCUGGUUCAUCAAGAUUGUAGAUUCUGAAUAUCACUUGGACCAACAAAGAAGACAUUGCCAUUUGAGGCAAUGAUAUAUAUAUAGAGCAAGAACAGAGAAGCGAAUAUACAGAGUUAAUUAUUUCUGAUCGCAAAACUCAAUGUACCAAGGCUAGAGAUUUCUGAUCACAAAACCCAAUGUACCAAGGCUAGAGAUUUCUGAUCACAAAACCCAGUGCACAAAGGCUAAAGAUUUCCGAAAUGGCAGGAUUUGUGCAGUGUAGUUUACUGACACAUAUUAUUUUGAGCAGUAUGUUUAUAAAACUGAUUUUUAGACACCAUACUAGCAUUGAAUUGAUGGAAGUUGAUAUUGUUUUCAUGUCAAGACGUGAUAUUUUACAUGUUAUUUUACGAGGGCUGUCCGAUAUGUAAUGUGUAUUGUACAAUAUCUCAAAAGCAUUCGACUCAAAUAGUGAAAUGAACAUUACAUCCCUUCAAAGUAUUCUCCGCGGUUUGAAAUACAUAAUUUCAAUCUCUGAAAUCCAUUUCUGAAAUGCGUCAUGGUACGCUGAUUUAGGUAGACCUCUGAGGCACUGACUGAUGGCUGAGCCAAGGGCUUGUCGGGACUUGUGACGAAGACCAGAUAAGAACUUUUUAAGUUUUGAUAAAAGGAAAAAGUCGCAUGGGGCUAGAACUGGAGGGUAUGGUGGAUGUGGCUAGAUGGUAACCUUCUCCGACUUCAAGAAUUGCUUCACAAGCUCAGAUGUAUGUGGUGGAGCAUUAUCAUGAAGUAGACAAACAUGCCUAAAUCCUGACACAGGGCAUCGUUUAUGAUAAUAUUUCUUGAGAUUUUUUAGUAUAACAUCUCAGUAAUACCGACCUGUAACACUUUUGGCCUUUGGUACUGGAAUUUUUAUGGCUUUACAUGUACCAUCACAUGAGAAGAAUAUGCAAUAAAGAACCUUCUUUGUGCUUAUGGUUCUUUUGGCAACUACAGGCCUUCUACCGUGUUUAGUUAGCCAUAUUUUCCCCCCCAAUUUUUCUUACUGAUUUGAAAUAGUGAACUCAAAUUUCGUCACCAGUAUCAAUGUUUGCAAAUUGUCUGAUUGAAUUUGGAAAACAUUUUGAGCAAUUGCUUAGCGGUUUGUACUCAUACCCAGUUUUGGUCAUCUGUCAAUAUAUGCGGUAUCCAUCUGGCAGAAAUCUUUUGGACUUUCAAAAUAUGCUUCAAAAUGAGAUGCACCCAUGAUAGCGAUAUGCCAACAGCUUUGGCAAUAUCACGAAUCAUGUAUCUGAGCGAUAGCAAUAUGCCAACAGCUUUGGCAAUAUUACAAAUCGUGUAUCUGCCAUCACUUUCAAGUAUUUUCCUGACGUUUUAGACCUUUACCUUGCCUGUUACAGUGAGUUUUGUGCGAACUUUUUUAUAAGCUCUAAUUUCUUCAAUAUUCUCAACCUGUUUCCCAACCAUUUUUACAACAGUGGUCAACGACUGGCUCUAUUGAAAUGACUAAGUUUAAAACUAUGUGGAGCUGAAGGUUCGUGUUUAUACCGUUGGAAAGGUAUUGAAUAGAGCUAUUCAAGAGUAUCACCAUCCACAAAAUCGUGCAAAGCGUCAUCACACUUUGGUACAAUACACAUUACACAUGGAACAGCCCUUGUACAGUGGGCUAUAACACCUGAUGUAGUCCUGCAGUUCAAGUUUCUGAUGUGAAAGGUGUUGAUGUGACUAUCAUGACUAUAACUAACGACGACAGAGAAAACACGGUUAACACACAGCAAGCAGCUCAAACAGGGACUGAGUCACAAACGCUGAAAGUGUGGAUUCAAGACAGUCGAGGGCAAUGGAUAAAGACGGAUCUCCCAUCAUCCGACAUCUCAAACCAUGCUCCAAACGACCGAGUCCAACUUAAUUUGACAGACAGGCUGCAGAGCAAUCAGAUUUGGUCAAUUCCCAAUAUCUACCAAUCCAAGGAAAUACUGACCUUAGCUUCUGAAGCCAAGCGGUCAAUCCUCAUACAGUGUAAACAGGGGAAAACCUACAUGCAACAUUUCCUAGCCGUGUGUGAGGGAUGGGGCGCUGUGUCUAGGAUAGUCAUCAUAAACCGCUCGACUGCUCUUGUUACGUAUGAAAAUGAAAGUGAUGUUGCUAAGAUUACCUCUGGUGUUUAUAAUGAGUCAAAGUCUGAAAAAAUAAAUCAAUUAGAGAAAAGGAUAUUUCGAUUUGCAAAGCAAAGGAAGGCUGCUGAAUCAAAUCUUGAAUGUGAGAAUGUAACUGCAUUAUCACAUAGUAAUCUUCACGAAAAGUUGAUGAAUAAAAAGUUAGGAGAACAGAUGAGAGAGUUGGGAGACAGAGUCAAGCAGACGGAUGACAGAAAGCGGGUGUGGUUUUUUGUUCUCCAGUGCAUACAAGACAUUCUGGAUCUCUCUCAUCCGGAUCACAGAGCUCUGCCGUUUGGAUCUGUAGUGAAUGGAUUUGCCAGUGAAAACAGCGACUUGGACAUUGUUAUCACUAAAGAGGGAAACUUGGGAAGGUCAGAUGGGAAACCCGUUCUACAGAAUAUGCAGAGAGCAUUACGACAACUCCAGACAUACACCAUCAACAGUAUAUUGCGUGCCCGUGUCCCUAUCGUCAAAUUCAAUCAUACUCUCACAGGAGUUUGUGGGGAUAUAUCGUAUGGAAACUGUUCAGGAAUAAAGGCCUCGGUAUACCUGAAUGCAAUAAGCCAGUUUUCACCGAGUGUGGUUCCAUUCAUAAUGACGGUCAAAUUGUGGUCGAUUCACUACAUGGACUGGUUCCCCCAGAAAUUUGUUUUCACGGCCCUAGCUUUAUUCUACUUACAGCAGUGUCGCGUCAUCCCACCAAUAGGAAGUCUCAAGAUUGAAAACGAUUCUUCUUGUGAUUUUAAGAAAUGGACCUGUGAUGUUGUGCUAUCCCCAGAAGAGUUACUACAUGGAUACUUUAAGUUUUAUAAAUGUUUUGAUUUCCAUAACAAAGACAUUUGUUUGGACACCGGUGAAAUUAUCCCAAAGCGAGGCUAUUUUGAGAACCUCAUUACGAACCCAUUCAGUGAUGGUGAAAAUGCUUAUGAGGAUAUCAUAUCGAGGUUACCAGAGGACAAGAUGUUGUACAUUCAGACGUGUAUGGGGGAGUCCCUGAGGGUACUAAAUGAGUCCCCAGAUUCCUUAAUUCUAGGCAACAGGAGUUAUCAAUAAAAUCAUAGUAAGAAUUCA